UUCACAUUCAUUUUCUUCCUCCUGAGAGAUUCUGUUUGUCUUCCAGACAUUUUCGUCUUAGGGUUUCUUCUAUUUUCAGACCACCAACGCCAACGCCAACGCCAAGCUUCUCGAUUCCCUUCGUCAAUUACAGUCCUCCCCGUCACAAUUCUCUUACCCUUUUUUCUCGGAUUCUUCCAAACCCAUAUAUUUCCUUUUUCUCUGCCUCGUAUCAUCUCUAUCACACUUUUCCGACGCACUUACUUUGCUGUCUGCCCUUCUCUCAAUUGCAGCAAUACAUCUUAACCCCCCUUUCCACUUUACUUUAUUCGACAACUUUUGGGGAUUUUUUUUUAUCUCUCUGGGUUUUGGUCCUUCGACAAUAAAUUUUAGUAUUUGGCAUGGUAGAUCCGAUAUUUCCCAUCGGACGCAAGGGAAGGUUGGCAGAUUUUACCGUCGUUUUCUGGGUUUCUUCUCCGUCUUUCAUGGUUUGAUCUGCAGUUUGUUCCGGGUCUCGUUGUGUUGCUGAUUUCAAGUUCUCGUAUCUUUAAGAUUUAGAUUGGGAUAAUUUGGUAAAGUUGAGGUCGAUUGGUUGAUCCGUGCCCCAGACCUGGCUGAUACCGCUGGAACUUGCAAUCAUCACAUAUUAUUUCUGAUUGGUCAACCGAGGCUGGUUUCCAAGUUUCUAAUUUGGAACUUUGGUAUCUAUCUGGGAAUUGCUUUGUCCCAAGGACGCUGUUCGUAGCUCUUGUGAGAUAAGGGUCAAUCAAAAUCAACUCUAUAGAUAAAUUUAUGUCUUGGAAAGAAAUAUGGCUACGGGUAUAGAUUUUUCACCUCCCUUCACCCUACUAGAAGGCGGCGGAUACAAUAAGGACAAUGUAUCACCGACGAAUGAUGAAAGUUCUGAUAGCUUUAAUAGUUUGAAACAGAUGACCAGUGGGAAACCUCCCCGGCACCUCUCAGUUAUGCGGCAUAGUGUGAGCUCCAUAAAGCUGCUAGGCCAAGCUGAUUUAAGCUUGGAUGCUGAAACUCUUGGCAAUAAGUCGCCUGAUGGAAAAGCAGGAUACUUACCUGUCUUUAGAUCGGGUAGCUGUUCAGAAAGGGGACCUAAACAGUACAUGGAAGACGAGCAUAUAUGCAUAGAUGAUCUUGUUGGACAUAUCCAUGCAUGUGAAGAUUUCACUUCUCCUGGAGCUUUCUAUGGUGUAUUUGAUGGCCAUGGGGGUAAAGACGCAGCAGCUUUUGUUAGAAAUAACAUCCUCAGAUUCAUAGUCGAAGACUCAUGUUUCCCAAUUUGUGUUGAGAAGGCAAUUAAGAGUGCUUUUAUGAAAGCCGAUUAUGCAUUUGCUGAUGCUAGUUCUAUGGAUAUCUCGUCCGGCACAACUGCUCUAACUGCUUUCAUCUUUGGAAGGACAAUGAUAAUUGCGAAUGCUGGAGAUUGUCGAGCUGUUCUGGGGAGGAGGGGCAAGGCAAUUGAGGUGUCGAAGGAUCACAAGCCCAACUGUGCAUCUGAAAAACUUAGAAUUGAGAAGCUUGGCGGAGUGAUUUAUGAUGGCUACCUGAAUGGCCAGUUAUCUGUUGCUCGUGCUCUAGGAGACUGGCACAUGAAAGGUGCCAAGGGUUCUGCAUGCCCACUGAGUGCAGAGCCAGAGCUGCAGGAAUUGCAUUUGAAAGAGGAAGAUGAAUUCCUGAUAAUGGGGUGCGAUGGGCUUUGGGAUGUCAUGAGCAGUCAGUGUGCUGUUACAAUGGCAAGGAAAGAGCUGAUGCUACAUAAUGAUCCUGAAAGAUGUUCAAGAGAGCUGGUAAGGGAGGCACUAAAGCGCAACACAUGCGAUAAUUUAACCGUUAUCGUGGUCUGUUUUUCCGCUGAUCCACCCCCUCGGAUAGAAGUACCUCCAACUCGAGUAAGGAGAAGCAUAUCAUUAGAAGGGCUGAAUUUGUUGAAAGGCGUACUGGACUGCAAUUCAUGAUUUUAAAGGGAGAGAUGUGAGAGAGAGGUGUAUAUAUAACAUUGGUUUAGCAGACUGGGCUACGGUUUCUCACCCGAGCUACCGAUGCCCCUUAUCUAUUUGGCAUUGGAUGCUUUAAUGAGGAAAAUAAAGAGUCUUUUUUUUUUUUUUUUGGUUAUAAUGUGAUUUCAAUUCCGUGCAUGUACAGAUUAAUGUCGUACCAGUUGGAAACCCUAAAAUUCAUUUGUUUCCUAAUCUCUGCUUUUGAAUGAAGUUGGUGAAAUUUUUGGAAGCA